AUGCACGACUGCAAGGAGUUGCCAGAGGGCGACGCAGCGCCCUACACCGCCGCGCCCUCCUCCUCCGCCCACGGCGCCGCCCUGCGCGCCAAGCGCGCGUCCACAGAGGCGCGACCCAAAGCGCUGCUGGAGGGGCUCUGUGACUGCAAGGACUGGGAGCUCAAGGCCGAAUCCAACAUGAAGCUGUCAAAGCACAAGGCACACUCCCUGGCGGUGUUGCUGGCCGAGCCCGAGGCCUCUACCACUGGCCCCAUCGCCGCUACCACAGCUACCACCGCGGCCACGGCCACCACUAGCAUCAGCAGCAACAGCAACGGCCCCAUCCAGCUCAACAUCACCAUCGCCCCCGCCAACGCCCCUUGCCAGGAGGCCGAGGCGCGCGCCGCGCGCGCGGAGGCAAGCGCGGCGGCGGCCGACGCGCGUGUCGCACGCAUGAGGGAUCACCUGGAGCGCCAGCUGCGCAAGAGCCAGGACCAGGCGGCGGAGCUGGAGGUGGCCAAAGCGCAGCUCCGGGAGCUGGCGGCGUGCAAGGCGCGCGCGGCGGACGCGCUCCGCGGCCAGUUUGACGACCUGUUGGAGGCAAACAGCGCGCUGAACGCGCUCAAGCCGCACCAGGCCAAGUCGCGCAUGUCGCGCACGACCCGCUACAACGACCGCGCCGCCUGA